AUGACUGUAUUGACUACAACUUUCAAAUACUUGUUUUAUGCAUAUCUGUUAUCGACUUAUAAGUCGUUACCGGGUGCUUAUUAUAUCCGGUUCUGGUUCUAUGUGAUUAGAAACCUGUUCGUACCUGCUGUAACUGGCAAGAAUACCAACAACAUCAAGACGCUGCAAAAUGACAAGUACGGGGUUUUCCGUCAUACUACAUUGUCGACAUAUUGCUCAUGGUUUGAAAUCGAUGGAUAUUUUCAUAAGAGUAAUAGUACCUAUUUCGAGGAAUUGGAUAUUGCAAGGACAGAUCUGAUGACAAAAGUAUUCCAAAAACUUUUCCUUACCUCGAAGAGAUAUCCUUACUUGCCAGUCGCUGAGACAUCUUCCUGUUUCUUUAAGGAUAUUGCUCCUCUUCAAAAAUAUCAAAUUCAAUCCAAUGUGCUAUGUUGGGACAAAAAAUGGCUUUACAUCUUAUCCAAAUUCACAGUGAAUAAUGGAUCUACGUUAGUGUCCUUGGCAUUGACUAGAUAUGUCUUUAAGGAUGGCAGAAGAACGAUGAAACCGGCAGACGUUUUGGAAAUUUGCGGAUUGUACAACGAAGAAGUCGAAAAGAUAUCUGCUGAAAAUCUCUUGAGUAUGGGAGAACACAACGGUUUCGAAAAUAUUCAAAAGUUGUUAGAACUAAAUGGCAAUUAUGGUAAGUUAUGA